GUCCGAGGUCCGAUCUAUACAGCCCGCUUCAUUGCGGGUGAAUUGCGUGUUAUUCAUUUCUACUCCUUCCAUAGUUCUUCUACUAUGGCUGCCAACUACUGGGCCUCGACCCAGCGUCGUCACUGGCUUUUCACUCGGGAGAAAUUGGCCGAAGUUCGGGAAAGACUUCGAGAACGAGAUAAGCAACUCAUCAAACUCGGCAAGCGCAUGUCCACCCGCCAACAGGCCAUUGCUACCGCCCAGGUAUAUCUGAAACGGUUCUACACCAAGAAUGAGAUUCGCCAGACCAAUCCUUAUUUGGUUCUCACCACGGCAUUCUACCUGGCUUGUAAAAUGGAAGAAUGCCCUCAGCACAUCCGUUUUGUAGUGGGCGAGGCCCGUGGUUUAUAUCCUGAAUUCAUCACACCAGAUGUAGCCAAGCUGGGUGAAUGCGAAUUCGCCUUGAUCUCCGAGAUGAGCUCCCAGCUCAUCGUACAUCAUCCAUAUCGGACCUUGUCGGAGCUACAAAGCGAGUUACCCCUCAGCUCGGACGAGGUCGCCCUAGCGUGGUCUGUUAUCAACGACCACUACCUAACAGACCUACCCCUACUCCACCCGCCACAUAUCAUUGCGAUCAUGGCCAUCAUUGUCGCCGUGGUCUUUAAGCCUUCUCACUCAGGUAACUUUGGCAACUCGGCACAGUCGGCGUUGGCUGGAGCGAUGAGAGACGGUGGAGGCCUGGGCAUGCUAGCCGCAUUGUCCGAUAGACCUGGCUCUGGCCCCCCUCGCAUCCAAAAGCUCGUACAGUGGCUGGCAGAGAGCGAAAUUGACAUCAAGGCCGUCAUCGAAUGCACCCAGGAGCUUCUUUCCUUAUAUGAAGUGUGGGAGCAGUACAGUGAGAAACACUGCAAGGAACUGAUUGGACGCAUGGUGAAGAGCAAGAACUUGGAUAAGUGAUGUCUGUGUGGACAUGAUAUAUACCUUCCCGGGGCGACAUUUGGUUUGCUGACAGUGGUUACUACGAUGUGCAUGAUUUUUUUCUAUAAAUGGCGUUGGUUUUGGAUUAUGAGCUUUUUAAUUCUAGCGACUUUGGCAUCGAACACGGUU